CCGAAACUACAUCUGCAUUAAGCCCAUUGCACUCGACUCCGUUCAGCAUGGGGGACAUUUUUCAAGUUCUGGUUAUUGGUUUUAAGGGAGAAAAGAAAACCGUCGACGUUGCAACCAACGAAGAUGAUUUCAACAAAACAACUGUUUCGGAUUUCAAAGAAAAGCUAAUGACGAAAUUUCCGGAGCUUAAAGGUGCUCAGUUCACAAUGAUGUUCGCUGAUGUCAAGCUUGAGGACACCGACACUUUCUCCAUGCGCAAGAUCCAGAAUAAAUCCACAAUCUUCCUGAUCGUCCGUAUGCCAGGAGGAGGAGAAGGAGGAGGAGGAGAAGCCGCACAGCACAGGAUGAAGAGAGAGUCCGGGACAGACGCAAUAAAGAGACGGACUGAAAAUGUCUACUUUUAAUCAUA